AUGACAAACAGAAUCGAUGUGGAAGAUGUGCUUUCAAAGCUUAACAACUUAGAGAAAGUUUCUCUAACAGCGGGUGCCAGCUGGUGGCAAACAACCGCCAUUCCCAAGUACAACGUACCUUCAAUUCGAGUUUCAGACGGUCCCAAUGGCGUCCGUGGUAGUCGAUUCUUCAAUGGCAUCAAAGCAGCUUGUUUCCCGUGCGGCACCGCUCUGGGUGCGACUUGGGAUACUAAACUCCUCCAUCGCGCUGGCGUUUUGAUGGGAGAGGAAGCUAAAGCUAAAGGAGUACAUGUAAUUCUUGGCCCUACUAUCAAUAUGCAGAGAUCACCAUUGGGAGGUCGUGGUUUCGAAUCACUCAGUGAAGAUCCUGUUUUGUCAGGAUUGGGAGCUGCUGCCCUUGUGAAUGGGAUUCAGGAGACAGGUGUUCAAGCUACCAUCAAACAUUUUGUUUGUAAUGACCAGGAGCAUAAAAGGAAUGGUGUUAAUGUUAUAAUCACGGAAAGAGCAUUGAGGGAGUUAUAUUUAUUACCGUUUCAAUUGGUAGUUAGGGAUUCAAAGCCUGCACUAUUCAUGUCUGCUUACAACAAAGUUAACGGAACUCACGUUAGUGAAAACAUAAGGAUACUUAAAGAUAUCUUACGCGGAGAGUGGGGGUGGGAUGGAUGUAUCAUGAGUGACUGGUGGGGUACAUAUUCAACGACGGGCGCGAUUAUGGCUGGCCUAGACUUGGAGAUGCCAGGCCCCACAAAAUGGAGAGGUCCACUGUUGAUACAAGCUGUUAGCACGGGAAAAGUACCUCAGCAUAUUCUUGAUGAACGAGCGAGGAAUGUGCUCAAGCUUGUAGAUCGCGCUGCAGAUGCAAAGGUCCCCGAAAAUGCAGAGGAAAAACCUGCGGAUACUCCAGAGACAGCUGCUCUUUUAAGGGAAAUUGCAGGUGACUCAAUUGUAUUGAUGAAAAAUGAGGGCAAUGCUUUGCCGUUCCGUAGGGACAAAAAGACUUUGAUUGUCGGUCCCAAUGCUAAAGUUUCUACUUAUCACGGAGGAGGUUCGGCAUCUCUGGCAGCAUACUACGCCGUUACACCAUUUGAUGGUAUUAGUGCUGUGCUGGAAUCAGCUCCAUCAUACACUGUGGGAGCCUACUCACAUAAGGACCUUCCAUUGAUUGGCCUUCUCCUCAAGACAGACAAGGGAGAAACAGGUGUCUCUUUCCGAGCUUACAACGAUCCUCCGACGGUCAAAGAUCGAGAAUUGGCCGAUGAGAUAAUCCUUACCAAGACAGAACUCCUAAUGAUGGACUAUUUUUGCACCAAGUUGAAGGAUGAGUUGUGGUGGGCGGAUGUCGAAGGUUACAUGACCGCCGAAGAGGAUUGUGAUUUUGAGCUAGGUCUAGGAGUAUAUGGAACCGCAAAUCUAUUUGUGGAUGGCAAAUUGUUAAUCGACAAUUCGACUAAGCAGACCAGAGGAACCAUGUUUUUCUCCUGUGGUACAGUUGAAGAAAGGGGCAUCAUAUCGCUGAAGAAGGGACAGACAUAUCACAUCAAAGUUGAGUUUGCUAGUGCACCAACUUGCAAGCUGGAUAAAGGAGAUAACGUCUUAUUCGGACCUGGAGCUCUGAGAAUUGGUGGUGCAAAAGUCCUUGACGCGGAUGAGGAGAUUGCACAUGCAGCAGAGCUGGCCAAAGAGGCGGAUCAAGUCAUCAUUUGUGCCGGUCUAAAUUCCGACUGGGAGGCCGAAGGAGCCGACCGAGAAAUUUUUGGUCUUCCACUGCAUAUGAACAAAUUAAUUUCAGCUCUCACUCCAGUCAAUCCCAACACAGUCGUCGUAAUUCAGUCUGGAACCCCCAUUGCUCUUCCCUUUCUAUCCACAACUCCAGCUCUACUUCACGCCUGGUAUGGUGGCAACGAGACCGGAAAUGCCAUUGCCGAUGUCAUUUUCGGUAAAAUGAAUCCAUCAGCAAAAUUACCUCUAUCUUUCCCAAAGAGACUCGAAGAUAAUCCGGCAUUCUUGAGCUUUAGAACGGAAAGAGGUAGGGUUAUUUAUGGCGAGGAUGUGUACAUGGGAUAUAGAUGGUAUGAGACAAUAGAUCUACCUGUUUUAUUCCCCUUCGGUCAUGGACUUAGUUACACCACUUUCUCACUCUCCAACUUGAAUGUCCAAAAGAUCGACAAGAAAAUUAAAGUUUCAGUAAAAGUAAAGAAUACAGGAAAACUCCCAGGAGGAGAAGUUAUUCAAGUAUACAUCAGACAACAAAAUCCAUCGAUUCGCAGACCAAAGAAGGAAUUAAAGGGAUUUGAGAAAGUAUUUUUCGAGGCAGGGGAAGAGAAAUCGGUCGAUGUGGAAAUUGAGAUUAAAUAUGCAGCGGCAUUUUGGGAUGAAGUUAGAGAGGCUUGGAUUGUAGAGAAGGAUACGUAUGAGGUUAUUGUGGGAAAUACUAGUGAGGAGGGUAAGGGAGAAUUGAGGGGUGUGUUUGAGGUAGAGAAAACGGAGUGGUGGAAUGGUUUGUAA